UCCUUAUCUAAUUGAUUUAUUAUGCCAUAAUAUUUGAAUAAAAUGUCUGGCGACAACGAAGAGUCCAAAACCAAGUCCUUCAAAGGAGCCCAAGUCCUCUGGCCUCCAGAUAUCUCCGAUGACAUCCUCGAAGAUGUCAUUGAAGUAGCUUCUCAGACGCUACUAGAAAAGAGCUUCGAAGAUGAUGUCGAAGUUGCCAGGAUAGUCAAGCAACACCUUGACGAGAAGUGGGAGCCCUACUGGCAUGUCUUUCUGGGAAAGAGUUUCGGAUGCCAUGCUGUGCAUGAAAAAGAAAGGUUUGUAUAUUUCACAUUUGAGGAGAGCAACAUCAGUUUUCUUAUAUACAAAAUAUCCUAGUUCUUAUGUGUGGUUUCUCUUCCUCUGACUAAUAUUUUCUGCUGCUG